AUGCCGCCUACUCUGCAACGUCAAGUAUCACUGCUUAGUCCCGAUAUCGACGAAAAUCUUUAUUCGAGACAACUUUAUGUCAUCGGCAAAGAAGCAAUGAAUCGAUUAGCUCAUGCUCAUGUUCUUAUUUCAGGGAUGCGCGGUCUCGGUGUUGAAAUUGCUAAAAAUAUUAUUCUAUCGGGUGCUAGAACCGUAAUUAUUCAUGAUUGUAAUACUGUUCAAUUUGAAGAUCUUUCCUCACAAUAUUAUUUCUCUGAAUCUGAUGUAGGAAAAAAUCGUGCGGAAGUUGCCUUUGAAAAACUAUCCGAAUUAAACAGUUAUGUUCGUGUUGCAUGCGAAUCAAAACUAAUUGACCAAACAUUUAUAGAAGCAAAUAAGAUUAAUGUAUAUGUUUUAACUGAUGCUACGUUUGAGCGUCAAGUCGAAGUAGGGAAAUAUUGCCAUGAGCAUAGAAUUAAAUUAGUUAUUGCUAAUACCAAAGGCUUAUUUGGGCAAAUUUUUUGUGACUUUGGUGAGAAAUUCGAAGUAAUAGAUACAAAUGGUGAAAAUCCUUCAACACAAAUUGUUGUUGAAAUUACCCAGGAUGAAGUUGGCGUAGUGUUCAUGUCAACGGAUACGCGACAUGGUUUUGAAGAUGGUUCAUAUGUAACAUUUCAUGGCGUGAAAGGAAUGACUGAAAUCAACGAUCAAGAAUUCAAAAUAUCCGUACCCAGUCCAUACACAAUUGCAAUUGGUGAUACAAGAGCUUUUGGUGCCUAUGAAGGUGGUGGAACAGUGACUGAAGUGAAAACACCACAAGAAGUGACAUUUAAAUCAUUUUCUGAUUCAUUGGCCGAUCCCGAUUUAUUGCUCUGUGAUUUUUCCAAAAUGUCUAUGCCUUCGAAUCUUCAUUUGGCAUUUCAAGCACUAGCCGAAUAUGAAAAAAAAUAUAAUGCUUCACCAAAACCAUGGGACGAUGUUGAUGCUGAGAAUUUUUAUGAGAUCGUGGAAAAAUUAAACACACAUAACCGAGAGAAACCACUGACAGACGAUUUAAAUAAACAUUGGAUAAAAUUAUUUUCAAAAAUAUGUACCGGCGAUCUAUGUCCCAUGCAGGCUGUUAUUGGUGGGAUAGCUGCCCAAGAAGUUAUGAAGGCUGUAACAGGAAAAUUUAUGCCCAUACGACAGUUUGUUUAUUUUGAUGCGAUCGAGUGUUUACCAGAAAAUGUAUUUCAACCAUCUGAUGCAACUCCAACACCAGUAUUACCAUCAGAUAAAACUCGAUAUUAUUCACAAGAAAUUGUUUUUGGAACUGAUUUUCAAGAAAAAAUCUGUAAAUCAAAAUAUUUCGUGGUUGGUGCCGGUGCUAUAGGAUGCGAAAUGUUAAAGAACUUUUCAAUGAUGGGCAUAGGCUGUGACAAAGAAGGUUCAAUAUAUGUAACAGACAUGGAUUCAAUUGAAAAAUCAAAUCUAAAUCGACAAUUUCUAUUUCGUUCAUGGAACAUCGGCCAAAUGAAAUCAAAAACUGCAGCAGAUUCAGUCAAAAGGAUGAAUCCAAAUAUGAAUAUUCAUUCAUACAUUGAAGGUGUUCUACCCGAAACAGAACAUAUUUAUGACGAUGCCUUCUUUGAAAGACUUAAUGGUGUUGUCAAUGCACUCGAUAACGUGAAAGCGCGUGAAUAUAUGGAUCGUCGUUGUGUGUAUUAUCGAAAACCAUUAGUUGAUAGUGGUACAUUAGGCACAAAAGCCAGUGUUCAAGUUGUCGUACCACAUGUUACUGAAUCUUAUUCAUCAACACGUGAUCCACCAGAUCCAUCGGUUCCAAUGUGUCUUUUACAUAAUUUUCCUAAUUUAAUUGAACAUACGAUUCAAUGGGCUCGCGAUAACUUCGCUGGUUUGUUCACCAUUCCAGCUCAACAAGCUGAUGAAUAUCAACGUGAACCAAAAGAGUUUGUACAACGAAUAUCAAAAAAUAAUUCCGAAUAUGAUAGAAAUGAAAUAAUUGAAAACGUUAAUCGUAGUCUUGGUCAAGAUCGUCCAAAAGAUUUUCUAGAUUGUAUUAAAUGGGCUCGAAAUCUCUUCGAAAAACAAUUUAAUAAUACAAUCGCUCAAUUACUUUACAAUUUCCCAUUGGAUCACGUUACAACUGCUGGUGAACGUUUUUGGAGCAGAAACAAACGAUGCCCACAUGUACUUCAGUUUGAUGAGAGCAAUAAAACUCAUAUGGAUUUCAUUGUUGCUGCAUCGAAUCUUCUUGCUUAUAUCUAUCACAUCGAACAGUUACGUGAUAAUGAAUACAUUGCUGCACAAGUUGCAAAAAUUCAAGUACCAGAAUUUCAACCCAAAGUAGGUGUCACUAUUUUUGAAAACGAUGAACAACUAAAAAAUGAUAUGGAACAAAGACAACGAAAAAAUUCACUAGUUGAUAAAGAAUCAACUGAAGAUUGCAGAAUUAAUGAAAUAGUUAGUCAUUUACCGAAACAUGAUGAAAUAAGUAGUAUAAAAAUUCGACCACAUGAAUUUGAAAAAGAUGAUGAUUCAAACUUUCACAUUGACUAUAUUGCGGCGACAGCAAACUUACGAGCUGAAAAUUAUGAAAUUUCGCCAGCUGAUCGAGGUAAAAUUAAACGUAUUGCCGGCAAUAUUAUUCCUGCGAUUGCAACAACAACUGCCAUGGUGACUGGACUUGUUUGUCUUGAAGUUUAUAAAUUUCUUCAAGGUCAUAAAAAUAUUGAAUCAUAUAAAAAUGCUUUUGUUAAUUUGGCUCUACCAUUCUUUGGAUUUUCUGAACCAGUACCACCUAGAAAACAAAAAUAUCUCGACCAUGAAUAUACAUUAUGGGAUCGAUUCGAUGUUCAAGGAGAUAAAACAUUAGAAGAAUUUAUAGAUUAUUUUAAGAAAGAACACAAAUUAGUGGUGACUAUGCUUUCAACUGGAUUAUGUCUUCUUUUUAAUCCAUACUUUAUGCGACAACCCAGCAGAGCUAAUGAUAUGAAACGAAAAAUUAGUGAAAUCUAUGAAACAGUUACAGAUACAAAAAUUCCAAGCCAUGUUCGUUCACUAGCUCUCGAUAUGACAUGCGAAGAUCUUGAUGGAAACGAUAUCGAUGAUGUACCAUAUAUAAGAUAUACAUUCAGAUAG